AUGGUUCCUAUGUAUAUGAUUCUUUUAAUUCUUUUAACGUUGAGAUUAUUGGCAAACGUUGCUUCUACGCCUUUGGCUAGAUUUGCCCAUGCCAGCGUUCUAGUUAAUUCAAAUUUAUAUUUUAUUGGCGGUGAAUUGCUAAACGGUGGAGGCGCUUCAAAUGACUUGUUUGUUCUUGAUUUAUCAGUUUCUUUUAACACUUCGUCUCCAAAAUGGAUAGAUCUUUCUCCUGUCCCAAUUAGUAGUUCUUGGUGUACAGCUUCAUUGGGUGGAUCUAAUAACGAUAUAAUAUUUUUAAUUGGAGGUCUAAUGCCCGAUCCAAAUAAUAGUUCACUUGUUUAUACAUUUAACACUAUUGACCAAACCUGGUCUUCCCCAAAAAUUUCUGGAAUUUCUCCACAAAGACGUAAAGAAAUGGCAUCCAUUGUUAAUCCUGAUGAUGAAAAAAUUUACAUAUUUGGAGGUCUAUCUGAUAAAACCACUGGUUCAUCCAAAUCUGUAGAAUUUAAUGACUUUAUUAUUUUAGAUACUAUCCUUUUAACUUGGACUAUGAAUAAAUUUUCAUUUGCACCUUCAAAAAGAGCUGGCCAUACAUUGACAAAGUGGAACGAAAUAAUUGUUUUGAUCGGUGGGAAAGAAAUAUACACUAAUGGUACUACCAAACUUGUAGACAUGAAUAAAAUUUGGACAUACGAUAUGAAUUCUGGAAUAUGGUCACUUCAUACGGCCGCUGGUGACGACAUUGAUUCUCGUAUCUUUCAUACUGCUGUACUUGAUCAUCACGGAAGAAUAAUUAUUUAUGGUGGAAUGAAUGAUAAUCCCUCAGAACCUAGAGUUUCGCCAGAUCUUGCAAUACUUGAUAAUACGACAAACCCGUUUAAAUGGAUAAUACCAAAGAUCCCGUCAGAUAAUGCUGCACCACCUCUUACAGCUCAUACCGCAGUAAUGAUGAAUCACUAUAUGAUCGUAUCAUUUGGCAAAAAUACUGCUGCUAUAAAUAAUGAAAGUCCUGUUAUUUAUUUGUUUGAUACAGUAACCUACAAAUGGGUUACGUCAUAUUCUCCAAGUAAUGAUUAUAACCCAAAAAUUUUAGUUGCAUAUGACUCAUCAACCGCAAAUGAAACAUAUGAUACAUCCACAAAUGGUACAACCACAGGCAUAGAAGAUGCAAGUAAUGGUCUUAGUAUGCCAGCAAUUAUUGGUAUAGUCCGUAUAAAAAAUGAAAGCCCUAUAAGCAAUAUUAAAACUGAAAAUAUAACAAUAGAAACAAUAAUAGAACCUACAUCAAACAGUGGUCAGACAAAUCACCUUCCAAUAAGUUCUCAUCAGGUUCAUCAUACACCUGAACUUACUAUAACGAUUCCAAAACGUCCGUCUUCUUUAAGUAGUGGUUCCAUUCUUAUGUCGCCAUCAGAAUCUCAACGAUCGAAAAGUCCUCAGCAUGUGCAAUUCACAGAUCAACCAAAAGCACCAAAAUCACAAGUAGAUUCUAAGCAAUCGAAAGUGGGUUCUUCUCAACAAUCGCAAGCAGAUCAUCAACAAUCACGAAUAAGUUCUCAAUCAUCACAAGUAGAUCCUCAACGAGGAUCACUACAACUCCAGGAAGUAGAUCCACAACAAUUCCAACGAGGAUCACAGCAACUCCAGCAAAUAGAUCCACAACAAUUCCAACGAAAAUCACAGCAAAUCCAACCAGUUGAUCCACAGCAAUUCCAGCAAGUUGAUCCACAGCAAUUCCAGCAAGUUGAUCCACAACAUUUUCAACAAUUCCAGCAAGUAGACCCACAACAUUUUCAACAAUUUCAGCAAGUAGAUCCACAACAUUUUCAGCAAUUUCAGCAAGUAGAUCCACAAAUGGAUCCAUCUCAAUUUCAACCAAUACCGCCAUUCCAAAUGCAUCCGCCGCCGCAAUACCAACCAACACCAUCACAGCCUUUCCAACCUGUGGAUCCACUAUACCGACCAAUAUAUGCGGUACCAUUUCAUCCACAGCAUCCACAAAUAUACCCACAGCCAUUCCCGCCAAUAUAUCCAAUACAUCCGCAACAAGUUAUGUAUCCCCCAUAUCAGGGUGGCUAUCCUCAAGAAGGUUAUCCUUCAGGAGACUAUUCUCCAGCUGGUUUUUCUCCAAUUCAACCUAGUUUUGGAAUUAUACCUGAAGUUGCUGAAGAUACGCCUAAUGAUAGUCGACGAAGUUAUCAACAAUAUACGUCUAAUAGUGAAAUGGAUAAAAAAUUUCCUGGCCCUAAGGAAUCUCCCAAACCAGUUAGUCAUGCAGCACCCGCAGCUGCCCAGAGACCUGGUGACCAGGUUGGUGUUGACAAAUCUCCCGUGGACUUAUGCACUUCUUACAUUAAGGAUCCGUCUCCAGAAUUUGGUAUUCACAGUUUGUAUAGUCGUAAGUAA